GUGAUGUUGUCUUUUUCAGUUACCUCUGCUCUUUCGCUCGUUUUUCUUCGCGUUUGCAAGCCAACAUGGAUUCUGAAAAUUUUCACAAUGUACAGUGUUAUUAAUUUUGGCUCAUAAAUCCCCGAAAUUCAUUGUUUGUAACAAGUUGGUAAACUGAAGUCGAUCCGAUACGGAAAAGUUUGCGGUGAAUGAAAAAGAUUCGUGAAAAUUUACCUAACAGUUGAAUUUGGUAAAAAUAGGGUUGUCUCACAAUGAGCUCCGAAGAGGACGAACCAAGUUCCCAGAUGAAAAAGCGCGGUCAUCUGUCGACAUCUGAGGAAUCGCCGCCCCGGAAGGUGAGAAAAGGUUCUGAUGAUGAUUUGGACGGAAAACAUUAUGCUUGCGAGAUAUGCGACCAAGUUUUCCUUCACAAGGCGAACUUUUUGCGCCAUACGCAGAGGCAUGAGCCUCCGGGAGGAUUCGUUUGCAGUUUGUGCUAUCAGACGUUUACUACCGAGUGGGAUCGGAGCAGACACAAACGUGACGAGCAUAGUGUCUACCGGUGUCGUAUAUGUUCCGCGGAAUAUCCCAUUGAAGCGGACUUCAAGAACCAUAUUCAGCAGCAACAUGAGGGACGCGACUGCGAGUACGACAUAUGCCCGACGUGCGGACAGCAAUUCAAGUCGUCUACCCAGCUCAAGGUACACAUCGGGUCCAAAUGCGGAACGGAGAAAAAGCACAAAUGCAGCGAGUGUAAUUCGUUAUAUCUAACCCAGGCUUCAUUGAAUGCCCACAUGAUAAAGCAUGUGGGAGAGAAGAGCCAUCUGUGUAACUAUUGCGGAGCCAGCUUCCUGAACAAGGGUCAACUCAAAGUGCACGAAAGAAUGCAUACCGGAGAGAAACCCUACAAGUGUAAUCAAUGCGACAAAGCGUUUGCCCACCGAGAAAGUUUGAUCACGCACUCUACAACACACAGUGGUAUUAAACCUUACCACUGCAGCUACUGUGGAAGUCGUUUCUCCUGCAUCGGUAACCUUCUAAAACAUCGACGAGCUCGACCCGACACGUGUGGAUUGCCACAGCAUUGCCUGACUAACAAAAUUGUACCAAGGCCGAAUAUCAAAACUAUGCCAAAUCUUACUGAUCGUCAAGUGUAUGUCAGCAAGGUGCUUCAACGUUCAGGACCACCAAGGCCACGUAAUCGCCCUAGUAUUACUAUAGAUGACAGAGAGGAUAUAAAGCCAGUGGUGGUCAAGCAAUCAGCUGAACGAAUUACUUCUAUGGACAAAUAUGGGGACAGUGAUUCUUCGAAUGAUGAUACGAAGGUGUAUAAACCCAACACAUCAAAAGCCAAAAGCUUGGUCAACUUGAAAGUAGAGCACAGCAGUAAUGAAGAUGAUAGGUAUGAUGACUCCAGCAACUCUAAAUCUGAGUUUGAACAGAGAAAUGAGACGAUUGAUUGUGUCGAAGUAAAAGUCGAAGAAGACGAUGAUCAAAAUGAUUUCAAAGUAGUCGAAGAUGUAUCGCAAGAAAUUUUGUAUGAGACCGUCAUCGAAGCAGAUGAAUUUGUAGAACUAGAGGACGAUGACGACGAUAAACAUGACUACAAACCCCAGCUGCCGAUGUACGACUCAAAGGGCAUACGACGUACAUUUUCGGAGAAACCGCCCGUUGUGACGGAGAAGAGACGCCGCGGUCGCCCAAAGAAACCUCCGCCACCACCGCUCGACCCAGAAAAAGUCGUUGUUUUGGAUCUUGAACAACAGAGACGUGAAAUAGAAGCGCAGCGAGCCAUUUACGAGGAAAGUGUAACGACAAUCUCCGUGGACUGUUAUCGCUGUAACCAUUGCCCGAUACAAUACGUCAGUCCGUACCUUGCGGGGAAACAUCUGGAGAAAGAGCACGGCAUUGUGCUGAAGGAGUUGCUUAAGACGCUACAGUACGACCGAGAGUACACGCGGGAAAGGAAGUACCAAUGUCGGUACUGCGAGCGCAUGUAUGCCAACGAAAAGGCCCUCGAGAAGCACGUGAUAUUGCACGGACCAGAUGGGCGACUCAUUCACAAGUGCCAAUGUUGUGCGUUACAUUUUGAAACCGAAGAAGAAGUGCUGUAUCAUGGAAAAGUGGAACAUCCGGACCGGUUACUAUGCUACGAAUGCGACAUAGUAUUCAGGGAACAUGAGAAACUUGUCAGACAUCGCAACCAUCAACACGUUGGAGAAAAAAUCAUAAAAAAGUAUCAUUACGUUUGCCCAACAUGUGGUAAAAGUUUCUCAUCAAGAGCAGCAGUUUCCGAUCAUGAGCGAUCUAAUUGCGGUCGUAAUCCGUUAUAUCAAUGCGAAGUUUGCCUAAAGAGUUUCCAUACCGCUUCGUCUUUGAAAAAUCAUUACACUUUGCACACUGAUGAGCUUCCUUACUCUUGCCAAUAUUGCGCUAAAGCAUACCGCACUAAAGGCCAAGUGAAGGUUCACGAGCGACAGCAUACGGGUGAGAAACCAUUCCACUGUGAAUUCUGUCCAAAAUCGUUUGCUCAUCGUGAAUCCUUGUCAACGCAUCGUUCUUCGCAUACCGGAGUCAAAAGGUUUAUGUGUUCUGGAUGUGGACAAAGAUUUACCUGCGUAUCGAAUUUGCAAGCUCAUAAACGUUCCCACAAAGACACCUGCGGAAUGGUACCGAAUGUUUCCCGCGUUGCUGGUCCCGAAGGUUACCAUGAGCUGCCUGAGGGUUAUGUGAUCCCUUUUCCGAAGUACGAGGUUGUAGAUUCGAAUUGAUCUUGUGGUGUAAGACAACAUUGAAAUAAAUUUAAGUUAAUUUUAAAUGAA